AUGGGUAAUAAACUUGGGAGGAGGAGACAAGUGGUAGAUGAGAAAUAUACAAGACCUCAGGGGUUGUAUAAUCAUAAGGAUGUGGAUCAUAAGAAGCUGAGGAAGCUAAUACUUGAAUCAAAGCUAGCACCUUGCUAUCCUGGAGAUGAAGAAAGUGCCUAUGACCGGGAAGAGUGCCCUAUCUGCUUUCUGUAUUAUCCAAGUCUAAACCGAUCAAGAUGUUGCACAAAGAGCAUUUGUACAGAGUGCUUUUUACAGAUGAAAGUUCCAAAUUCCACUCGACCUACACAAUGUCCCUUCUGCAAAACAGCAAAUUAUGCAGUUGAGUAUCGUGGUGUGAAAUCAAAAGAAGAGAAGGGAUUGGAGCAGAUUGAAGAGCAACGUGUUAUUGAGGCAAAAAUUAGGAUGCGGCAGCAGGAACUUCAGGAUGAAGAGGACAAAAUGCACAAAAGACUAGAAAUGAGCUCCUCGAAUGUGAAUGUGGCAGUUGCAGACGUUGAAUACAGUUCAAACAACAGUUCAAAUGCAGUGUCUGCAUCUUCAAUGUCUGUUGUUGAACGUGAUGAAAUUGUUUCUUCUCAAGACUCAAGUGCCACAUCAAUGGUUAGACCAAAUGCAACCACUAGGACCAAUAGGUAUGCUAGCCUUCAUUGCUUUUUCCCCCUAGAUGACGAAUUUGAUGUUGACCUUGAGGACAUUAUGGUCAUGGAAGCAAUUUGGCUUUCCAUUCAGGAGAAUGGCAGGCAGAGAAAUUUGUCUUUUGCCGAUGCUACAUCUGGACACAUAGCUGAUGGUCGCUAUGUUUCAUCCGCCACGGGUCCACCUACGGGAUCAUCCUCGUCUCCGUCUGGAGGUCUUGCCUGUGCUAUUGCAGCUCUUGCUGAGCGCCAGCAAAUGGCUGGAGAAUCAUCUAUGAGCUUCACCAAUGAAAAUAUGUCAUCAUUCAACACACUACAGGGUUCUAGAAGGUUUUAUAACAGACUUGGUCGGGAGAUGGCUAGUUAUACACCUGCUGAUAACCUCAAUGAGGAGCCGCCAGAUGAUACUGUGGCAAUGACUAGGUGUGAUAGUGAAUGGGACACAGACCAUGGGACGCAGAUGACUGAACCAGCAACUAGCUAUACAAACUCUGUUGCAGCAGAUGAUCGUGGUGAACUAUCUUCUUUGCCACAGUCUGAUGACAUUGAUGGAAGCCUUCAUAGUGCUACGGAACCCAUUAUUCCUGAGAGUUUUGAGGAGCAGAUGAUGCUUGCUAUGGCUGUCUCUUUGGCUGAAGCUCGAGCCAUGUCAAGUGGACAGAGUGCUUCUUGGGAGUAG